AUGCCAGGCACUGCACAAGAGCUAGACAUCUUACCCAAAGCACCGCUCACAUCGAGCCACCCACCCGAACCCAAGCUAUCGGGAGCAGGAGCGACGACAGCCCAAGCCGUUCGCCGACUGAGUGUCUCGACCGCCAACGCUUCCUCGCCUGCCAGCAUGGCCCCGCCUUCUUCUGAACCCAGCAGUCCUUCUAAAUCCAGCAAGGCACACAAUCUCAAGGCCUUCGUCGACGAUGAUCGUCAUUUCUCACUCCGUAGGAACUUCCGACUGGCAGAUUGUGUGACGCUCAUGAAUGGCGUCUGUGGAUCGCUCAGCUUGUUCGAGUCUGCCAAUUGGCUCCUCACGGGCGACUACAACCAUCUCUGGGCUGCCUUGACUCUACCUGCCGCCGGAAUGGUGUUCGAUCUGUUCGAUGGCAAAGUAGCAAGAUGGCGUAACGAAGCCUCCAUGCUCGGUCAGGAACUGGACAGUCUGGCAGACUCCAUCUCGUUUGGCGUCGCUCCCGCUUUCUGCGCAUUCUCAAUCGGUCUACGAACGCCCGGUGAUAUCUUCAUCCUCUGCGGUUUCAUCUGUUCGGGCAUCGCAAGACUGGCGAGGUUCAAUGCCACCGUUGCGCUCAUACCCAAAGACAAGAAAGGCAAAUCUCGCUACUUUGAAGGUCUGCCGAUACCGAGUACGCUGAUGCUCGUCGCGGGAAUGGGAUAUCUCGUCAAGCACAACAAGAUCGAAGGACCUCUCAAGCUCGGCUCAGGUCUACCGGGCGGUCUGAUCAGACCGUUACAAGAAGCCGGUCUGGAAGUUCACUGGGCGUCUCUCAUCUUCAUUCUCUGGGGGACACUCAUGGUCUCCAAAUCGCUUCAUGUCCCGUGA